CGAGACCGACGACUCAGACUGAACUCUGAGAGAGCUCAGGCCAACCGCCAGCCGACUUUGUGUCCCUCGCAGAGUUCAACAAGUUCAGCUUGUACCCCUCACCUCGCCCAUUUUCUAUUUCACUGCUCGCAAGAGUUGGCCGAUAGUUUGCCGUUCCCCAUCUUCUCUUCUCUGUGGUCUUGUUCAUCUUGCAGCUCAAGGUUUGAGCGGUUUCUCUCGGGGCAUCCUUUCCUUCAUCUUCGUCACUUGUGCUUAUACCCCAGCCAACAUGAUGAACAAACCAUCGUCAAGUCACCAGAUCAAGUAUCUGGCCGUGGUGGCGUCCCUCGUUUUCAUCUGGCUCGUCUGGCGUCUCGAUCUUCACUCAGAGGUGGCCGAGCAUGCCCGCAAGAUCACACAUCCCAACAGCACGCCCUACGAUGGCCUUGCCAAAGCAGGCAACAGCGAGGUCCUCCCUCCCGCAAAGGCCGUCGAGUACUGUGACCACUUCCGCCUGAAGCCGGCCAACGCGGAGCUGGUCCGCAAGCGCAAGGUGUACGACCUGCUGCUCAUCAACACCGAGGUCGAGAUGCUCGAGGUCCGCCUCGGACAGAUGGCUCCCUACGUUGACUACUUUGUCAUUCUUGAGUCGGCCCUGACCUUCACCGACAACCAGAAGCCGCUGUACAUCAAGGAGAACUGGGACCUCUUCAAGCCGUGGCACCACAAGAUGAUCCUCCGCGAGAUGGACCUCGAGGCCCUCAAGGAGAGCAGCACCUGGGACCGCGAGGCCAAGAGCCGCAACGCCAUGUACGAGCAGGUCAUCCCCACGCUCGAGGGCGAGCAGCAGGCUUCCAUUGACGAUAUCCUCAUCGUCUCCGACGUCGACGAGAUCCCCAAGCCAGAGGUCCUCCGCGCCCUGCGCAACUGCGAGAUCCCGCCCCGCGUCUCCAUCCACUCCAAGAUCUACUACUACUCCUACCAGUGGCUCUCCCGCAACGACUGGAACCACCCCCAGGCCACCGUCUACCGCGGCGUCGACACCGUCCUCCCCCACGACCUCCGCCACAACGCAAACGACCACCACUUCAACCAGGGCGGCUGGCACUGCAGCUACUGCUUCAGCACCGUCGAGGAGAUGGCCCAGAAGAUCAACUCCUUCUCCCACGCCGAGCUCAACAAGCCCGAGUUCAAGGACCCCGACUGGAUUGUUUCCGUGGCCCGCCGCGGUCACGACAUCUUCGGCCGAGGCGAGUCCAACUUUGACCGCAUCGAGGAGAACCACGACGUGCCAGACUACGUCAAGAAGAACUCGGACAAGUUCAAGUACCUGCUGGACCGCGAUCCGCUCAAUGCCAACUUUAGGGACUACACCCCCAAGGCCACCUCAACGCCCACGGCUUAGGUGCCGUGUGCGUGGGCAGGACUUGGACUACAGGCGUUUGGGGCGUUGGAUACCUGUGUUCCCGCGGGAGGGACCUACAGAGACAUUAUUUUUCUUUCCGUCUUUUCUUCUUUUGUACCAUUAAUUUCGCGGCAUUCCAAUCUAUUCGGCCGCCCAUCUUCAUCAAACUAUGAAGCUUUACGCACC